AUGGCCACCAAAGCCAUCUUCUUCUUCUUUGUCUCCGCCGUGUGCCUAUCCUCUCUCGUCGGCAAGGCCGUCGCUGAUGCCGACGACCUUGACACUUUCCAAAUCCAAGGAUCCGUUUACUGCGACACAUGCCGCGUCCAGUUCGUUACACGUCUCAGCAAAUUCCUUGAAGGAGCGAAAGUGAAGCUAGAGUGCAGGAGCAGAACCAACGGAACCGUGACGUUGACGAAAGAAGCCGUGACUGACAAGUCAGGAAGCUACAAAAUGGAAGUGACCGGUGACCACGAGGAGGAAGUCUGUGAGCUCGUUCUCCUCCAGUCACCAGACAGUGGUUGCAGUGACGUCAGCAAAGAUGAUUACCUACGUAACGCCGCUAAGGUUAGCCUUACGGCCAAUGACGGUAUCGUCUCUCACGAGACACGUAUCGUUAACCCUCUCGGUUUCAUGGUUCCGACACCGUCUGCUGAAUGUCCCGCCGCUUUUAAGGAGCUCGGGAUCGUUCCUGACGUCACCUUCUAA